AGGAAUUCCUACUCCUCUCUACCGCCUUUUCAUUCAUUGCCUUUUCUUUUUCAGGAAAGAGCUCGUAUAUAUAACCACGAAGGGAGAAGUCAGAACGCACACGGAUAUUUCACGCGAGAGAGAGAUCGAAGAGCUUUUUCCUCCGUUUGUCCCUUCCCCGACACACACACGCACACACGCACGCCUGACGCUACGAUUCGCGUGGGGUCUUCACUUAAUUCUCAUCCUUUCCGCACCACACCAGUUCCUCUUACGUUCAUCAUCCCUGCUCACGAAUUAUCAUUGAAAAGGAAAGAGAAAUAACAAAAUGGACAGCGGAAGUGACGCCUCGGAUGACGGGGCGCUGCAGUUCAAGGUGGUGGUGCUGGGAAACGGGGCGGUGGGCAAGACCUCCCUCAUUCGUCACUUCUGCGAGAGUGGCUUUACGAAAAGCUACAAGCAGACCAUCGGGCUGGACUUCUACUCCCGCAAGGUGCAGCUCCCGCAUCACCACCCCGCCGUAACUCUGCAGCUGUGGGACAUUGGUGGGCAACAAAUUGGCGGCAAGAUGCUCGCCAACUAUAUCCACGGUAGCCACGCCGUGUGUCUCGUCUACGACCUCACGAAUGCGAAUUCAUUCAAGGACCUUAGUGACUGGAAGACGUGCGUGGACAACGCUUUCCAGGACGUGCCGGAGGCGGACAAGCCGCGCAUGAUCUUAGUGGGCAACAAGGCCGACCUCCCCAACCGCGCCGUCAGCGAGGAGGAUCAGCUGGCGCUUUGUAAGGAGUUGAACGUGGAGUACUGCACCGUGUCCGCCCAGUCAGGUGAGCGCGUCAACACCAUGUUCACCCGCAUCGCCGCCACGCUGGCGGGUGUCGAGAUGAAGCAGCAGGACCUGGAGAUGAGAGAUCGCGUGACGGCCAACGUGGUGAGUCGGCCCGAGGAGCGCAAAGAGGCUCCGCGCGUUGCGAUGCUGCACGCAACAAGCUCGUCCCAUGGAAAGAAAAAGGACGACUGCACCGCGAUGUAA